AUUUAUGUGAAGCCAGAAAGGAACGCACAAGAACAUUAUGACGGUCUUCCUUGAAAACUAACUAAAGAGUAAAGUUAGUUACUUCUGAACAUACAUGUAACAUUUACUCCGUGAUCCGUUGAUCUACUUCGUUGCGACUUGUGUGUUGUGUUGCUGUCGAUGGUCAUCAAAUGGUCGGAAAAUGACUGGUGGUGCUGGGUAGAGAAGAGUUGGGACACCAUAGUGGGCUGAAAGAGAGUGAGCUAUCGCUACGCGGAAGCAGUUUCUGCAAGGCAUCGCAAUGUCGGCUGCUUUUUCAUUCCCAUCGAUCAAUGCUGACCUAGCGAACAGCAGUGGGUCGCAACAGUUGUUUACUCCAGCUUCCAGCGAUGGAGCAUAUCCGCAACCCCAGACCCCAGCAAUGGAUGGAGGAGAGUCGGAACGACAUUUCAUCGAAGCUCUGCUCCCUCACGUGAAGGUGUGCAGCUAUGCUUGGGUGAGACUCCAGCAUGAAAAACGCGAGAUGAAGCGAAAUGCUGCUACGGAGCGCCAGCAGGAAAGGCUCGGCUACGUGGGCAGUGCAGCAAGUGGCAGUUCGUCUGUUCACCAGAGUCAGGACGGCAGUCCACCAACAACUGGACGCUUCCGAGAUCCGAUUGCAUGCGACUCCGUGCUAAUGGAGCGUAAGAUGCGAAUGCAGAUCGAAGAAGAGCUGGUCAUAAGAAAGAAAGCCUGGGCAACGCGCCUGCUCACCAAGCUGCGCAAGGAUAUCAACCCGGAAUGCCGCGAUCACUUCGUUCGCAGUAUAACAAACACUCUGGACGGUGCAGCGCCGGAGUGCGUGAUGACGAACGGUGAUGUGAAGGGCAAGAUGCGUCGCAUUGACUGCUUUAGGCAAUCGAAUAAAGUUUGGCGGCUGGAUCUAGUGACCAUGGUGCUCUUCCAAGGCGUACCGCUCGAGUCCACUGACGGCGAGAGACUGGGGAAGGUUUGCAAUCGAGAUGGAUGUGUGCAACCUCAUCACCUCUACUUGAACGUCAAGGAAAUCGAUAUGGUCCUGGCCAAGAUGCUUACUGGAGCUCCAAAGCCAUCAAACUGUCAGCUGUACCAUGAGACGAAGUCAGCGUACGACAUUGACGAGGUUUGGAACAAUCUGGGCGACUCUAGGGCAAAACAUAUAUUUCACGGUUCGCUUCAGAGCGUUUCCGCAUCCGUAGGAAUACCACCACCGUUCAAGGAUCAAGGCGCAGAUGCAGCUCCUAAAGCGGUGAGAGUGGAUAUGUCAGGCGUGGAUGGCUUCAGCCAGCAGGCAACACCGACCUACACUGCGGAGGCAAUGUCUGUAUCACCAACAGGCACCACCGCUACUGCUGGGUCGGUGACAAUGGGUCGCACUUCUGUGACGGCGUCAGUACCCAUACCGGCUGCCCAGGCGUACAAACGCACCCAAUCCAGCUUUGAUGAAGACAACAGUGAUAUGGACGCCAUCAGUGAGUCACGUGUAGGCACUGGCUACAUGGAUAACAGUCAUGUUGGCUCCAUCGGCUCGGCUGACUACCAUGUGGUCAGCAGCCCGAAAAUCAAAGCCGAAGCGACCAGCCCUCAUUCAUCUCUCCACCAGCAGAGUGCUAUGUCGAUGUCUUACGCCUACCCUCGGCGGACUGACCAUGGCUUGGAGAAUACUGAAUUUUCCAACCUAUCCUGCUCUGUGGACCACAUGCUUGUUCCUGGCCUGCCACACGGUCUGUCUAGUAGAGGUGCGGCGCAGCCAUAUCUGCAACGAGUCCAAUACCUUCCCACUGUGGGCCAGAUGAAUGGACAGCAGCAGCAGCAACAGCAGCAGCAGCAGCAGCAACAUCAUGCACCCGCUCUACAGCAGCUGCGUGCAGCACAUCUCCAGCAGCAGCAGCAGCAGCAGCAAGUACACGAGUUCAACAUGGACCAGCUGCUAACCUCCAAUCUGGUAUCCAGCUUGAGCGACUCUAACACGACAGAUGAAGCUGCACACUGGUCAUCACAGUCAAGUGAUCACGGUAUCUCUCCAAUGCCUGCUCUUGAGGGCCACAAUGAUCCAAGCAGUGCAGGAGCUGUGCCGGCAGGCUUCUUCUCUACAGCCACGACUGCCGACCAGGCCAACGCCAGUAGUGUGGGUGAUGCAAGCAGUACUGUGUUUGACAACGCAGACUUAUUUGGCGGAAGACCUGUUGCUAGGAGCAUGCCUGUUGGAACAAAUGCAAUGGCAUCAUCCGGCAGGCAGGUAGCACCUAAUGACCCGUUUCUGUCCAGUCCAAGCAGCAACUUCAGCCAAUGGAGUCAGCAGGCGAGGCGGCCAGCAUUCUGAUUUUGCGGCCGGGUUUCUACUCUCUUCUGUCCUGCUGUGUGGGAGUGUGUAGUAUCCAACGAAAUCCGUCACCCUCAAAGUUCGUGCUCGACCUUACACAAUAACAUAGAAAUCAACCCGUACCACAUCAGCAUCCGAAGUACGAUACACUGUCCUUACGUAGUGUGAGAAACAUCCGCGUUUGUUCAUUAUGCUGUCUAGCACUCAUCUUGCACUAGUCCACAGGCACAUCACACAUAUGCACCACCGUAGCCCAGCUCCAUCCGGGUUUUGUUUCAUUUCUACCUGCAGUGCAGAGGCACUUGCUCAUGUUAGUGUACAUACGCGCAUGUGAUGCGCAUAGCGCUGUAGUUGGAUCAAGCAGCGGUUCGUAGUUCACCUAAACCUCCUGCACGGGGUAGUUGUACCCAUGGCUUGCCUGGAGUUGCACAGUACUCAGUAGUCCAGAGUCACUUGCAGCCACACCCGCAGCAUGUAUAUGUGGACACAGUAGUCCAGAGUCACUUGCAGCCACACCCGCAGCACGUAUAUGUGGACAUGUACUAUGUAUGUGCCUGCAAUCUGUAGUUUGACACAUCGCAUCCACUAGACACGCAGAGUGGCCGUACCCUUCAUGGCCCAUGUCAAGGCAAUGAAACAGCCAUCUCUACUGUGUACGUGCAUAUGAUAGUGUAGCAGUAUGUCGUUGCAUGAGUACUGAUAACACUGGCAUGUAGCAAUAUGCCGUUGCAUGAGUACCGAUAACACUGGCAACACCUGGGACUGCAAGUGGCCAGCAUUUCAACUACUCUGACUCUGUGAGCCUUGAUGAAUUUGUACAUGAGAAUUUCCGCCAAGCAUCGUCUUGUGUCGCAUGAAGCCUCUUGACUCUCGGUCUUGAGGAAAUUACGUGACAUUCAAUUUCAUUGAAGCCUUUUUUUGUCCUCCUUUCACUGCUGAACUGUCGUAUAUUUCCUGAUGCCUGCGUGAACUUCCAGCUCUGUUUACCGCACAGUGUGCAUACCGUCUAGGCCCUUUACUUGCGUCUUCUGCCUUUGAGCCCAGUUUGAGCCCAGGCCGCGUAGCAGCGAUAGCUGCUGCCGCGGCGGCGGCUAGCUGCAAGAGCAGUCUCUACUGGUGGUUAUUCUAUUGCGUGUGUGUGCUCCUAUUUAAGAUGCGGAUUUUCCUCCAACCAGUUUAUCUACAACCAGUCAGCCUAUCGCUGAGCUUUUCGAUUUGUAUCUCACUCCUUGACAUGCACACAGCAUACGAUUAUGCCACCAGAUCACUACUCCAUCACAAAUCUAUUUUUUUUGGCUAUCUUAUAUUUUCGUAUCUCUUAUUCUAUACGUUACGGAUCACUACUCAAUUACAAAUUGUUCAGGGUUCAUGAUGA